AUGUGGACGGCGUGGUUUGUGGCUGCUCUAUCCGUGGCGGCUGUGUGUGGCAUCCCUCAAGAAGCCAACACUGUCCUCAGAGUUACCAAAGAUGUGCUGAGCAAUGCCAUCUCGGGCACCCUGCAGCAAAGUGAUGCUCUCCGCUCGGCCCUGAGAGAGGUGCCCAUGGGUGUCGGCGGCAUUCCCUACAAUGACUUCCACGUUCGAGAACCGCCCCCAAAGUACACCAAUGGCAAGCAGCUCGGGGGUAAUUACAAGUAUGGUCACAUUGAGGCCAAUGACAACACUGCUCAGCUGGGGGGCAAAUACCGCUAUGGUGAGAUCGUUGAGCCUGAUGGAAGCAUCAGGGACCUCCGAAAUAGCAACUACCGCAGCGCUGAGAGUGCACACGGCAGCCACCGGGACCACGGGCGGUUCAGGUCAGCUGAAGGUGCGCCAAUUGUGGGCCGACUUCACCGGCGAGAGCUGCGGCCUGGAGAGCUCCCCCCCGGUGUAGCCACAGGGGCCCUGGGCCCAGGCGGUUUGCUGGGCACUGGGGGCAUGCUGGCAGCCGACGGCAUCCUAUCGGGCCAAGGCGGCCUGCUCGGCGGAGGUGGUCUCCUUGGUGAUGGAGGACUUCUCGGAGGAGGCGGCGUCCUGGGCGUGCUCGGCGAGGGCGGCAUCCUCAGCACCGUGCAGGGCAUCACAGGGCUGCGCAUCGUGGAGCUCACCCUCCCUCGGGUGUCUGUGCGGCUUCUGCCAGGUGUGGGCGUCUACCUGAGCCUGUACACCCGCGUGGCCAUCAACGGGAAGAGUCUUAUUGGCUUCCUGGACAUCGCCGUGGAAGUGAACAUCACGGCCAAGGUCCGGCUGACCAUGGACCGCACGGGUUACCCGCGUCUGGUUAUCGAGCGAUGUGACACCCUCCUGGGAGGCAUCAAAGUCAGACUGCUGCGAGGGCUUCUCCCCAACCUCGUGGACAAUUUAGUAAACCGGGUCCUGGCCAACGUCCUCCCUGACUUGCUCUGCCCCAUCGUGGACGUGGUGCUGGGUCUUGUCAACGAUCAGCUGGGUCUUGUGGACUCUCUGAUUCCUCUGGGGAUACUGGGAAGCGUCCAGUAUACCUUCUCCAGCCUCCCGCUUGUGACUGGGGAAUUCCUGGAGCUGGACCUCAAUACUCUGGUUGGGGAGGCUGGCGGUGAUCUCAUCGACUAUCCGCUGGGGCGGCCGGCCAUGUCUCCCCGGCAGAAGAUGCCAGAGUUGCCCCCCAUGGGCGACAACACCAACUCCCAGCUGGCCAUUUCUGCCAACUUCCUGGGCUCAGUGCUGACCCUCCUGCAGAAGCAAGGGGCUCUGGAUAUCGACAUCACUGACGGCAUGUUUGAAGAGCUUCCUCCACUCACCACGUCCACGCUGGGAGCCCUGAUUCCCAAGGUAUUCCAGCAGUAUCCCGAGUCCCGCCCCCUCACCAUUAGGAUCCAGGUGCCCAACCCACCUACAGUGACACUGCAGAAGGACCAGGCGCUGGUGAAGGUGUUUGCCACCUCUGAGAUCAUGGUCUCCCAGCCCAAUGACGUCGAGACCACCAUCUGCCUCAUCGACGUGGACACAGAACUCUUGGCCAUGUUUUCCGUGGUGAAUGAUAAGCUCAUGAUCGACGCCAAGCUGGACAAGACCAGCCUCAACCUCAGAACCUCAAAUGUGGGCAAUUUUGACGUCGGCCUCAUGGAGGUGCUGGUCGGGAAGAUCUUUGACCUGGCGUUCAUGCCCGCAAUGAAUGCCGUGCUGGGUUCUGGUGUCCCUCUCCCCAAAAUCCUCAACAUCGACUUCAGCAAUGCAGACAUCGACAUCUUGGAGGACCUUCUGGUGCUGAGUACUUGAAUGACAGAGGCAGAGAUGCUGCUGCAGCCGUGAAAGAAGCCAGAACCAUCCCUGGAAAGGCUCAGCCUGUCACAGUGCCCAGCUCCACGUCCCUUCAGCCCCACCUAGGGUCCCUCCCCAUCCUUCCACCCCUCUUCUCACCUACCCUGACCAUGAGAAAGGACCCAGCCUUUGGCCCUAUUGGCAAAUAAUCCCAUCCAUGGUCGGACCCCGGCAGGGGGUAGGAGGUCACCUUGAGGACCGAGACCUCUCCGACUCCACGCUGGUACCCACCCUGCGUACGUCUUGCUCUCAAUAAAAAAAAAUUCCACUUUCCCUGCAGAUGGGGUGAGUCUCCUCAAAGGACCCUUGCUCAGGGUCUCAGUGUUUCUUCCAAGCCUUCACUGGGGAUCCUGGUAGAUGUUGCUAGAGCGCACGAAGGGUAGUUUGGUUCAGUUCAUGACAAAAAUGCCAGACGUCUCUAAGGACCCUGAGGAUGCGCAGGGCGGGGCCUUCAUUCAGUCCUCGCUGCCUUCUUCAGCGCCGGCCUUGGUUGAUCCCUUGUUUCAGUGCCUCCCCCUUCCCAUCGCCCACUCUUCAGCCUCUGGGGAGGGCCAGGACCCAGAAGCAGCAAGUUCAAAGUCAUCAGACUACCCGCUGCCAGAGGGACUGCCUUCUAGCCUAACUCCCACGUGCCAAGAUA